AUGAUCAAACUCAAGGAGUUAGAGGGAUGGUUACAGGAAGUAGAAGGAUUUGAACAACCUAAGGUUAAGUUGGAACAGUAUGAAACUCCAGCUCAUAUUGCUGCAAGGAUGAUACAUACUAUUGAAGCUUCGUUUGGAGAUCUGGAAGGGAAAGUUGUUGCAGACCUGGGUUGUGGCUGUGGAAUGUUGACAGUCGGUGCUGCUAUGGUGGGAGCUGGAUUAACAUUUGGUUUUGAUAUUGAUGAAGAUGCUAUUGAGAUCUGCCAGGGUAAUGUGGAGAGAAUCCUGUCUGAUACAGCUGUGGAGUUACUACAGGUUGAUGUAAAAUCAAUAGGAACUUCUGAAUGUCGGUUUCACAAGUUCUUUGAUACAGUUAUCCUUAAUCCCCCAUUUGGCACAAAACGUAACCAAGGAACUGAUAUGGAAUUUUUGAAGGUUGCUCUUUCUCUCUCCAGAAAAUCUGUAUAUAGUCUUCAUAAAUCCGUUACUCGUGCACACAUUGCUAAGAAAGCUGAAGAUUGGGGUGUGAAAAUGCAGGUCAUAGCUCAGCUCCGAUAUAAUUUGGAUAGUUCUUAUAAGUUUCACAAGAAAAGAUCAGUUGACAUAGAGGUAGAUUUUAUUAGGUUUUAUCAUAAAUAGCCAUUUGAAAAAGAGCUGUACUUUUAUAUCAAAUGCUUUGAUACGUAGUGACUCAGAAAAUUUGGAGACUCUUAAGUAAUUAUUGUAAUAGAAUAAUUACAAUACAAAGAAAAUGUUGGUACGUGUAAUUGUGGAAAUGCAUGUUGAAAAAUUUUUAGGUCUUUGUACUGUUGUAAUCAUUCCACUGUGAUCUGCUGUGUUCCAUAGCCAAAUUUUGAGGCCUUGUGAGGAAGGUUUUGAUAUUAGUAUUUGAUAAAGAUCAGAUAACCAUUUUGCUUUUAUUAUUAAGAAAAAUUAGCAUUUUGAUCCACACAGAACUAUGUGAUGUGGAAUCUACUAACCAAAUACAUUGUGAAAGUCAAAAGAUUAAAGUAUUUUGUUACU